AUGUCGACGAAGGCGCUCAUACCUGGGAACUCCCAGUGGGCUCGCGCGACGGCUCUCAACGCCUUCGAGCGCUUCGCGGUCGCGGAGGGCUUCAGCGCCAACGCCAUCUAUGAGUUUGUAGGUGGGGACUCAACGGGGGAUAUUCUGUACAUCGUUCUCGACAAUUUUGCAGUGUAUCUAGCAUUUAAGGAAAGCUCAAAGGGCUUGCUGCUGUCCAAGAACUCGGUGGCUAGCUACUUUGGCAACGUCAAAAACCACCUACUGGAGCUGUUUCCUGCUCUAAGUGCUGUGUCAGGUCGUCGGCUACAAAAGAUUGCAUCGAUCCUGUAUAAGUACUGCUCUAAGCGAGGCACAGACUUCACGCACCAGGCCCCACCAUGCACCAAAAGCGAUCUGCGCUCGCUCAGUUUGGCGAUUUUGAAGGGGGCAGCUUCUGCGCAGGACUACCAGGAUGCAGCCCUCCUCAACAUCCUGUGGUGUUUGUUGGGUUGA